AUGUCUUCCACGCCCGUUACCCACCUUUAUCGAUCACUCCUUCGUGAGAUACGUCUGGCUUCUAAACAGUCCCGUGCGACCAGGAAUCCUACGAUGUCGCAGCAUGUCAGGACAAUAGUAGAUACCACUUCGGAUCAACAGGCAUUGCAGAGGACGUUGUUGGAGACUAGGGAUUUCUUGAGGUCAUCCAGGAUACAUGCUGAACUGUUAAAACGUUAUAACCCAAUCCACGGAAUGUCAGAAGAAGCCAGGAUAAAAGCUACAGCUAGGAGAGUAGGGUUAGAUACACCGCUGGAGUUCAAGGGCGAUAAGGAGUAG